UAGGGUUAAAACUUGGAACGCUACUCAACAGCUCACUGUAAAACGACACCGUGCAAACUCUUAAAAUAAGUUAGCACUCUCCUUUCUAGAGAGCCGUCUCUUCUCCUCCUUUCCAGUAGAGUUAUAGAAGAGAACUUCGUGCUUCUUCUUCACUUGCUAAAAAUCACACAACACACUUUCUCUCUUUCCCUACUCGCUAACAGAUCCGAUCUAGGGUUUCAUUUUUUCCACCAAUAUGUCAAUCGCCGCUCAGACACUUGAUAUUCUCGGCGAUAGACAGUCCGGCCAGGACGUUCGCACUCAAAACGUGAUGGCUUGUCAAGCAGUCGCCAAUAUUGUUAAAUCUUCCCUCGGUCCUGUUGGCCUCGACAAGAUGCUGGUGGAUGAUAUUGGAGAUGUAACGAUUACCAAUGACGGUGCGACUAUUCUUAAGAUGUUAGAAGUAGAGCACCCGGCUGCUAAGGUGCUUGUAGAGUUGGCUGAGCUUCAAGACCGAGAAGUUGGAGAUGGGACAACUUCAGUUGUUAUUGUAGCUUCAGAGUUGCUUAAGAGAGCAAAUGAUCUAGUGAGGAAUGGGAUUCACCCUACUUCUAUAAUCAGUGGAUAUAGACUUGCUAUGAGGGAAGCAUGCAAAUAUGUUGAAGAAAAAUUGGCAGUGAAGGUUGAAAAGCUUGGAAAAGACUCUUUGGUAAACUGUGCCAAGACAAGUAUGUCCUCAAAGCUGAUAGGCGGUGACAGUGACUUCUUUGCUAAUUUGGUUGUUGACGCUGUACAAUCAGUAAAGAUGACCAAUGUAAGAGGGGAAGUCAGAUACCCCAUCAAGGGCAUCAAUAUUUUGAAAGCUCAUGGCAAGAGUGUGAAAGAUAGCUACCUUUUGAAUGGAUAUGCUCUAAAUACCGGUCGUGCUGCUCAAGGAAUGCUUAUGAAAGUCGCACCUGCAAGAGUUGCGUGCCUUGACUUCAAUCUUCAGAAGACAAAGAUGCAAUUGGGUGUACAAGUCUUGGUCACUGAUCCUAGGGAGCUUGAUAAAAUUCGUCAAAGAGAAGCUGAUAUGACAAAGGAACGCAUUGAGAAACUCUUGAAAGCUGGAGCAAAUGUUGUAUUAACUACAAAAGGAAUUGAUGACAUGGCCCUUAAGUAUUUUGUGGAGGCUGGGGCUAUUGCUGUGAGACGUGUUAGGAAGGAGGAUAUGCGCCAUGUCGCCAAGGCAACUGGUGCAACAUUGGUUUCAACAUUUGCUGAUAUGGAAGGGGAGGAAACAUUUGAGCCAUCAUUUCUGGGAUAUGCUGAUGAAGUUGUAGAGGAGCGAAUUGCUGAUGAUGAUGUCAUUCUGAUUAAGGGGACAAAAAAUACUAGUGCAGUCUCCUUGGUUCUCCGAGGUGCAAACGAUUAUAUGCUUGAUGAGAUGGAGAGGGCACUUCAUGAUGCCUUAUCUAUUGUUAAGAGGACACUUGAAUCUAAUACGGUAGUAGCAGGAGGAGGGGCGGUUGAGUCUGCCUUAUCUGUGUAUUUGGAGUACCUUGCUACAACUCUGGGAUCACGAGAACAGUUGGCAAUUGCUGAGUUUGCUGAAUCUUUAUUAAUUAUACCUAAGGUGCUUGCUGUCAAUGCUGCUAAGGAUGCCACCGAGUUAGUUGCUAAACUACGCGCUUACCACCACACAGCUCAAACAAAGGCUGAUAAAAAGCAGUUGUCCAGCAUGGGCCUAGAUCUUUUAAAGGGGACUGUUCGCAACAACUUAGAGGCUGGAGUAAUUGAGCCUGCCAUGAGCAAAGUGAAGAUAAUUCAGUUUGCCACUGAAGCAGCAAUAACUAUUCUUCGGAUCGAUGACAUGAUCAAGCUUGUCAAAGAUGAGAGUCAGAAUGAUGAGCAAUAGGGACAGUGUAGUUGAAGAUCCACAUAUCAUUUUUCUCGGUUUCCUUUAUUUUCUUAAAAUUUUCCUGUCUAUGGAGAGAGUAUAAGGGGGUUGUGGGCGAUGGGUUCUGUGUUGUUUGUAAUUGGCAUGGCACUGAAAGGGAUCUAUUUGCAUUUGGUUCCUUGUUGUCGCCCUUGAAUUUAUUUCUGCUGGUUUUGUGGCAACCUAGUCUCUACUCGUACUCUGAAGCUGUAGUGCUGUAGGCGUAGAUGUAGCCGAAGGUCCUUUGGACCCUGGAACCUGUUCUGUAUUUGAAAGGUGUUGACUGAUGAUCGUGGCUUAUGAUAAGCUGGAGCUCUUUUACCU